ACUCUUUAACUUAUGUUUUGCAUUUAUUUUAAGAAAUUGUAAACAAAAAUGGGAUAUAUCAUAUAUGUAUUAUAAAAGACACUUCAUGCCAUUACCUUUGCUCCACUAGUUAAGUGCUCAUAGGAAGAAAAGCAAAGCAAAGAGGAGCAAUCUUCACAAAGCAGUUGGUUUUCAGCAGAAUUCUGAAUCCAUGGCUGAGAACAAGGAAGAAGAUGUUAAGCUUGGGGCAAACAGGUACACAGAGAGGCAGCCAUUGGGGACAGCUGCUCAGACAGACAAGGACUACAAGGAGGCGCCACCAGCCCCCCUGUUUGAGCCUGGGGAGCUGAAAUCUUGGUCCUUUUACAGGGCUGGGAUUGCAGAGUUCAUUGCAACCUUCUUGUUCUUGUACAUAUCUGUCCUGACUGUGAUGGGAGUUGGGAGAUCACCAAACAAGUGUGCCUCUGUGGGAAUUCAGGGAAUUGCUUGGGCUUUUGGCGGGAUGAUCUUUGUUCUUGUCUACUGCACUGCUGGCAUCUCAGGAGGGCACAUCAAUCCAGCAGUGACCUUUGGGCUGUUCCUUGCAAGAAAACUGUCACUGACCAGGGCAGUCUUCUACAUGGUGAUGCAGUGCCUUGGUGCAGUAUGUGGAGCUGGAGUGGUGAAGGGUUUCAUGGAGGGGCCAUACCAGAGGCUCAAGGGUGGGGCCAACGUGGUUAACCAUGGCUACACUAAGGGAGAUGGCCUUGGUGCUGAAAUUGUCGGCACAUUUGUGCUUGUCUACACUGUCUUCUCUGCCACUGAUGCCAAGAGAAACGCCAGAGACUCACAUGUCCCUAUUUUGGCUCCUCUCCCAAUUGGGUUUGCAGUGUUCUUGGUUCAUCUGGCCACCAUCCCUAUCACCGGAACUGGCAUCAACCCCGCCCGGAGCCUCGGCGCUGCCAUCAUCUACAACAGGGAUCAUGCUUGGGAUGAUCAGUGGAUAUUCUGGGUCGGACCGAUGAUCGGUGCCGCGCUGGCCGCAGUGUACCACCAGCUGAUCAUCAGAGCCAUACCUUUCAAGAGCAGCAGGUCAUGCUGAGGAAGAAGGAUCUGCAAGAUAAAUCUCUUCUGUUUGUGCUUUGUGUAGUGAUUUUAAUCUCCUCUCUCCCCCCCCCCCCCCCCCCCCCCCCCCCCCCCCCCUCUCUCUCACUGUAUUUGUGUUUAAGCUGUUGAUGAUUUGUGUGUAAGAUUGCAUCUUAUGAAUGAACCAGUUGUUUUUGUCA